CUGGAAGGUCUCAGCUGUGAUGCUCCUCGGAGGCUGGCUCCUGCUGGCCUUCAAUGCAAUUUUCCUCCUGUCCUGGGCUGUGGCCCCCAAAGGGCUGUGCCCAAGAAGAAACAGUGUUCCAAUGCCGGGGGUGCAGGCAGUGGCAGCUACCGCCAUGAUUAUGGGUCUACUGGUUUUUCCAAUCGGCCUUGCCUCCUCAUUCGUCAAGGAAGUCUGCGAAGCCUCCUCCAUGUAUCAUGGUGGGAAGUGCCGUCUGGGUUGGGGUUACAUGACCGCUAUCCUCAAUGCAGUCCUGGCCAGCCUCCUGCCCAUCAUCAGCUGGCCCCACAGGACCAAGGUCCAAGGGAGGACCAUCAUCUUCUCCAGGGCCACCGAGAGAAUCAUCCUUGUGCCAGAAAUGAACAAAUAAAAAUCUCCUGGGAGAGGCACAGAGAACAUACUCCAGAGGUUUAUGAAAUCAUCAUGUAGCCAAUUUCAAAUCCCACCUCUGCUCCUUCUUGC